AUGACCCUCGCAGUGUAUCACAGGUUAUGGGGUAUGACCGAGCAGUUUGCCGCCAGGAAGAAGUGGGGUUGGAGGCAAGUCUACCACCGCAUGCUGCCCUUCCAAAUCGCCCUGUACCCCAGUCUCAUGUGGUAUCUAUUUGGCUGGUUCGAUGAUCCGUAUAAGGAAGCGAUGACACUUGGAAUUUGGAACGUAUCGAAACGCUCGCUAUACUUUUGGGAUCCUCUGCGUUCAGGAGGCGACAAGGGAUGGUACCCUUAG